AUGGGUCGUGGAAGAAUAUCUAUGGAACUCAUUCAAAAGGAGAGAUCUAGAAAGAUAACAUUGCAAAAGAGAAAGGAUGGUUUAAUAAAGAAAGCAAAGGAAUUUUCCAUUCUUUGUGAUGUUGAUGUUUGUUUGAUCUUGUACGCUCCUAACCUUGAAGGCCAAGGAUAUAUUGAACCUGAAACAUGGCCUAAAGACAAAAGAGAGGUACAAAGAGUUCUUCAAAAGUACUAUGAGACAACAAUUGAUAGGCGUCCUAAGACCUAUGAUGUUCAAGAAUAUUUUAAGGAAAGGAUGAAAAAAGUUGAAUUGGAGAUUUACAAAGUGCGUAAAGAGAGGUUAAAGAUGAAGUAUCCAACUUGGGAUGAAUCUUACAAUUCUUUUGGAAAUGAACAAUUGAGGUCAUUUGUUAGGUUUUUGGAUUCUAAGCUUGACGCAUGUGAUCAAAAGAUGAAUAUGCGAAAAGAUGAAUCAUACAAGGUCAAUAACCUUAUUAGUUCUCCUUACUUGACCUCAAAUUCAGGUACCAACUUCAAUCUCAUGCAUACCAACAUAUCUCAAGUUAAAAUUUACUCUCCAUUGAUGAAUAUUUGUGAUAAAAAUCCCUUAGGGUUUUGGCCAAUUCGAUUGGGACAAAGCUCUCAACAUUCUCUUAUGGUUUCCAGUGCACAAAGCUCCUACUAUUACCCUAGCAAGCAUAUUGAUGCUAAUGUUACCUAUGAUUCAAAAAUCAGUAUGAAGAAGAAGGAUGAAGUUAAAAAUGACAAAAACUUGCCAUCAUACUAUUACAAUGGAAAUGCAAUGAUAAUGCAAUCAUAUCCUAUUGCUAUGCCUACUCCUCCUUUUCAGAAUCUUGCAAACCUAUCCCAUGAAUAUCUACUUUAUGGAUCCUAUGAUAUAGAUAGUAUUCAAGCUCAACUGUUCAACUCCAAGAAUGGAACGAAGUAG